AUGCGGCUGGCCGCAGAGAGCUGCUAUCAAAUGAUUGCAAAUUGCAUCUUUGCGGAUUUGUACUCUCCCAGCAAUAAAUUCUGUAAAAUGCCACGUAAACGUAAGGGAAAAUGUCGACAAAUGUAUAGAUACGACGAGGAAAAUGGAUUGCUUGAGGAGAUUGCGAAAGUAACUUCUCCACCCGGUAAAGUCAAACUUGUCAAUCAUUAUGUGCGACCAACCGAGCCCAUUGCUGUUACUGAUUGGAAGUCUGUAAAUCGCACAUAUUGCGUUGUAUGCAGAGAAGGAGGAGAAUUGCUUUGCUGCGACGCAUGCCCUGCUUCGUUCCAUCUUUUAUGUCAUGAACCAGUCAUUCGGCGAGAAGCGAUACCUCGCGGUCGUUGGCUCUGUAACAGAUGCCACCAUUCUGGAAGCAGCAUCACACGCAAACGAAAUAGAGCUUCAACAUUGACAGAGGAUGAGCACAGACUUCUGGAAAUGAACAAGAUUUUCUGUAGUAGAGAGAUUAGGAAUACUGUGGCUUUCUACUUAGCUCUUUCUACCUCAUUGACGAGCUGUAACGCACGUCAGUUCGAACUUCCCGCUUCCUUACGUAAUGACGGGCUUUUACCUUAUCGCGGUCUUGCUCAACCUCGUUACAUCGUUGUGAAUGAACCAUGCACGGUUUGUAAGGGGUUAGGAGAAGAUUCUCUGAAGAUUCGUUGCGACUUUUGCCGCUACGUUUACCAUCUGGACUGUCUGCGACCCCCCUUAUGUUGUCCACCAUCAGAGACUUGGAUGUGUCCAAAUCACGUGGAACCCGUUGUGGAAUCGAAGUUACUGACUUCCAUAAGUGUAACGGAACGGCGGCAUCUGUGGGCAAAAUACGCUAGGCAAAGAGUUGAUGAGCAUUUCGUGCGCAUGAGUUUUUUGCACAAGAUCCACAAAUCAUCUGAUGAGCAGAUCACUGCAAAUGUCCAAACCUCAAAUGCAUGCGAGAAAAACCGUGACAGUCCCUUGGAAUAUCACACUUCGCUUGAAGUUGACGACAAGCCUACAACUAGCACAUACAAUGAUGAACCAUCAGUGCUCGUGGCUGAGCGACCUGGUAUCCGACGUGAUCGCGAGUGGAUGUGCGAACGGCCACCUAGCACAAGUCUCAAUUACCGCGAACAAUCUCCUCCGAAUAGGCCCAGCUUGCAAGACGACAAAGCUCGAUCUUCCACCUCAACUAUACCACUGCAUGCUUGUAUAGAUACGGCACCAUUCUGCUCAGCUGUAUUACCUUUGUCAACUCGAGGAUUUUGCUCGAACUCUCGAUCUCUGGAUCGGACUUACACUGUUAUGGUUCCAGCAUCUGGCUGUAACGCAUCCGAUCUCAAUGAGGAGCUUCAGUUUAUUCAUGUUGACUUUGCGCUUGACGAAGACAAUUGUUCUUUUGAUUGUCGUUCCUAUUGUACGUGCGAGGAUGUGUGCCAUCGUCGAAUUCGCGGCAAUGCUGAAAAUUCGCUUACCAAAUCGGAUGAUGCGGCACCUCAGUUUAUUAGAACUGCUGCUGAAAAUGAUCUCAAUGAGGAGUAUGAAUCAACGAAGUGCGGUUCGCCUAUGGACAUCGCGCAGAUAGAGACCCCAUCGAUGCCGAUUCGCGGGUCUGUACUAAGAGCUUUGUUGGAAAGCCCCGAUGGAUCUGCUGUAGAACAUGCGUCCAAAAACAAGUCCAUGGUUAUGACGCGCAUGCGUCGAUCGAGGGCACCCGUAAUUAAAUCGCCAUUGUAAUGUGAUUUAUGAGUUCGCUAAGCGUAUAACCGCAUCUUUUUUCUCUUCGUUGCGCGUAUUUUAGGUUCUGCGCAUAUGCAUUCCAAAAACGUGCUUACCACAUACCCAGUAUACUGUACAAACCAUAAACAUUUCACCAUCUCUAGUCAUACGCCUGACGUGAGCAUUGUAAAAACUUAGUGCAACUGGUUUGUGAUUUGGUGUCUGCGCGCUCAUAGCUGUGUUGAAUUCUCAAUUUUACAGCCAAGAAUAGGUCAUGCUGGUAUUGCAUUAGGCGUAUGCGUGGAAAAAACGCAUUUGUUAAUGUUGUUAAUACGGCGCACUAGGCAAAGAGUAUAAAUUGUACAUAAGUGCCUUAUUCUACGUCUAAGGUGUAGAGAUAUUCUAGCCUAAUAGGCUGAUGUUGUAUACUCUGUGUAACUAUCGAGUUAUCAUAAUCCGGUAAAAACUGCCUUUAUGGAUUUUAAGGGAACAUUCAACUUUCAUGUGUCAUUCUCAUAUCAAUCGGGUCAUUCCUUAUUUGUAUCCACGUAUCUCACAUUUUUUUUGGUGUUAUAAGAUUUGACAAAUAUUAUUUUUCAUACAAUUGUAAUAAAUCUUCGAUUGACUC